UUCAACCCAUGCUAGCUCUUCACCCCAGCUAUUUGGCUAAUAUUAGCCUGGGAGCCGAGGCGCAGUAAAAUGAACCGUUGUCGCCCUUUGUUUUUUAAACCGGACUAGGAGACGUUGCGAGCGUCACGCAAUUGAACCCACACGUAUCGGAUCUAAGUAGUUUGCGUUGUUAAUUUGAUGCUUUCCAAGAAGCAGAGCAACUGUAUCCAAAACAAUCUUCAGCUAGUUGGCUAGCAUGCGGCUAACUCCUGAUUCUCCCGCGAGCUAGAGAAAACGGAGAGUCCAAAACUUGGAAAACAUCGGGCUGAACGCAGAGAAAACCCGACCCGUUCAGCUGAUACUAGUCCCGGUAGACGCCACCGAUGUCCCCACUACAGACGGGGACUAUAUGUCUCAUGUUGUGCGUUCGUUCGUUUUUAAAUUGUGCCUCACAAGACUUUUGCUAUUAAGGCCCUUCACAUGGACAUGAACUGAGGACUUUCUCAAGGAGUUAUUUUCCGAAUAGCGGAUUCGCAGGAAGCACAGUCUUUACGGAACAUCAAAUCGGUGUUUCUCAGAGUCUGUCCUUCCAAACAACCAGCAUGCACAGCGGACCGCGGAUAUCCUAGCCUAAACAGAUCCUGGCUUUCCAAAGAUGACAAGGUUCUGGAAGACGGACGUCACAAAAUGAUGGGAGGCAGCGAGACUGUCAGUGGGGACAAGGAUGGGGUCCAGGCCAUAGCAAUACACGUCCCCAUUGGCUGGCAGCGCCGGCUAGAGAGCGGACAGGUGCUCUAUGUCAGUCCCAGUGGCACUUGCCUGUCUUCUCUGGAGGAGGUCAAGGCCUACUUGUUGACCGAUGGCACCUGCAAAUGUGGCCUAGAGUGUCCACUUGUCAUCCAAAAGGUGUUCAACUUCGGCACGGCUGUUAAGGUGGAGCAGCACAGCCAACCACUGGGCAAGGCGGAGCAGGAUAUGACCAAACUCUGUAACCAUCGCAGGAAAGUGGUUGCCAUGGCCACGCUGUGCCGCAGCAUGCAGGCGUCACAGCUGCCCUUUGCCACCCUCCAUCCUCCAGAGCGCCACAGCGGCCUGUCGGACCACCGCGAGCCAAAGAGGAUGGCGCUGGGCGGGCGCGCCGACCGGGAGGAAGAGGAGCGCUGUGCCUACCCCCCCAAACCCCACCCCCACCCCGCCCGCGCCCACGGCAACCUCCAGCCGCCGUCGGGCUGCACCAGCCCCCGGACCUCCCCGGGGCCCCUGUACCCCUACAACGGCUCCUCCCCGCUCCGGCACACAAGCACAAACUCCCACCACGCCCUGGACGCUUUGAGGAGACUACAGCAUCCUCACCUCCCUCCCCUCCCGUCCUCCUCGUCGUCCUCCUCCUCUUCCUCCUCCACCAACGCCUCCACCGGCUCUCCCUUCCCGUACGGCGGCACGCAGAGGUCGCCCCGCCCCACCGCGACGCCGCAGAAUCUCAGUCAAAGCCAGAGGUCCACCCCCAAGACCCCCGAGACGCCCGGCUCGCCUCGCCUGGGGCCCCUCUCCCCGCCGCCCUCCUCCCCGCUGGCCCCGGGCCCCCGUCACCCCCACGGCUCCGUGGCGGCGGGGUCUCCCCUCUCACUCUCGCCGGCCCCCUCCCCCUCCAUCCACAGCAUGAGCUGCGUCUCGCCGCGCCAGCGCUCCCGCCACCCCUCCGCCUCCUCCCUGCUGUCGGAGCAGGGGGGAGGCGAGGGGGGAGGGGGGCUUAUGGGGAGCGCCUUCCCCCCGAGGAGGAGCUCCUCCUCUUCCUCCCCGCACUCGCCGCUCCCCGGUGGCUCCCCCAAUCCCAGCCUGCACUUCUCCAAGUACAAGCUGGAGGACAUUCUGGAGCAGUUUAAGAACUCAGGCAACAGCAGCACUAAUAACCACAACCACCUCCCCCUCCCCCUCCCCUCCAACGCCGCCCUACUGGCCAACCAAAGCAGCAGCAGCCUCCCCCACAACCUAUCCCUCACCCUGGAUAAAGUGGGGAGUGCGAUGGGCAGUGUGGGCUCCGCGGGGAACUUGGGACCGCUGGGUUUCGGGUCCUCUGGUCUGCCUUUGGGGGUGUUCCUGAACCACCAUCAGAGCCGGCCGCCGCACCCGACUUCCUUCCCCGCUAGCAGCUUGCUCUCCGCGGCCGCUAAGGCCCAGCUCGCUAACCAGACCACCCAGGGCCAGAGCUCGCACACGGGCAGCAACCCGGCAAGCUCGGCCUGUCCUCUGGAGCUCCUGAAAGAGACCCAGCAGCAGCAGCAGCAGCAGCAGCAGCAGCAACAACAACAACAACAACUACAGAAGCAGCAGCAGUCGACGAAGGUAAAAAACAGCACUUUACACCACAACCCCCCUCCUUCCUCCAUCUCUGCAAGUAGGCACCCCUCCCCGCACCCCUCCUUCCUCUUCCCUCCAUCACACCCUCUGGCCCAGUCCCUGGUGGCGUCCGCUCAUCACUUACCCCCCGCGGUGGAGCGCAACGCCUCACACCGGAAGCGCCACCGGCAGUCGCCCACGGUUCUGAGCAUGCUCAGAGAGACCCAGCAGCUCGCCAACGGGCCCCGGAAGACGUCGCCGGGAGACCUCCUCUCCACCGCCAUCAUCAACCUGUCCACCUCCUCGUCGUUUUCCCCCUCCUCGCACCCUUCCUCUACCUCAGCCGCACACAACCACGCCAUCGCUCUAGAGAACCACUACCAUCUCCCCCCCGGACAGAUCCCCCCCCGGCUACCCGCCGCCGCCCAUCAAAUAGCACCCAACGCUGGGCCUUCCAGACAAAUGGAGGCCCUGGACUUCACUACAGGCCUGACGGCCAACACGGGGCCGCCGCCGGGGCUGGAUCCCCCGACGCAGCCCCUCUCCGCCCUGUUGCACCUGCUGAGCGUCCAGAACGCUCAGGCCUCGGCCGCGGCCACCAUCUCAGCCUCCGCCCAACUGGGGUCUUUAGCCGGGGGCGGGGGCAGCGGCGGGAAGGGCGGCAAGCGGCAGAGCCCCAGGCCGCCGCUGUGCGCCUCCAAGCCCUCGUCCCACGGCCGCUCCCUAAAGACUCAGUCUCCCAGCCGGCCCGGUAGCACCACCCCUCUCCCCACCGCGACGCCUCCUCCGCCCUCCUCCUCUCCGUCCCAGACGCACUCGAGCAGGUCCAGCCCCGUGCAGAGACUCUGCUCCCCCUCCAACCCCCACUCGCCCCGCUCCCGCACCACGCCCUCACCCUCCGCCUCGGAACAACAACAUCAACAACAACAACCGCAGCAGCAGCAGAGGCGCCCCGCCCCCGCUCACCACCGUGCGGCGGGGUCGCUCUCUGGAGCGCCCUCGCGGGAGUCCCUGGGGCUGCUGGUCUCCAUGGCAGCGCAGGCCACAGACGCGCCGACGCCCGGGGAGCUGAGCUAUUCUCAGGGCGCCGCGGCCACGGCCACCUCCCCCAAGCCUCUGGAUCUCAGCAACCACGUCCUGAACCUGCUGGCCUCUUCGUCCACCUCCCCCCAGGUGGAGCAGAGCUCCUCGGACCGGACCCAGAUGGGAAACCACAGCGCAGAACCAGGAGAGGGUGUCGGUGUUGACGCUGACACCACCUCCACGGGGGCUAAACCCUCUCCAGACACUAGCAGAGGCCCUACACCGGGCCACCACCACCACCACCACCACCACCACCACAGCAGCCCUCCUCCACCUCAUCCCCAGCCCCCCGGGGACAGCUCCGGCCCCAGCACCCCCUCCGCCCUGGCGGACAACACCACCCUCUCUCUGGCCGAGGCCUUCCCCUUCAUGAACCAGGAGCAGCUGCUUCAGCUGCUGUCCACCACCGGGGGGCUGCCCUCUCUCCUGGACCCCGCCGUCCUGGCCUCUCUGCCCCUCGGGGGGAUGUGGAUGUGCGGGCAGCAGGGCCAGGGUCCGGCCUCCCAGCAGAACCUGUCGGAGCAUCUCCCGGCCGACCCACAGUCCCCAGAGAUGAUGAUGCAGCAGCAGCAGCAAGACACGGCGCAGCACGCCCAGGAUCACCAACACAAGCAGCAGCAGCACAUGAACAGCAACCCGCUGUUCCCCCUGUUGCCCCUGUUGUUCGGCGCCCACGGGGACCUGCCGCUGGGCCUGCUGAACCCGCUCCCGCCCCCGAACGGCCCCGCCUCCAACCCGGGGCAGGAGGCCGACCUGGGGCUGGCGGAGAAACCCAGCCUCCAGGCUCUGCUCAUGGCCUCCCUGCUGCUGGGCCAACAGCACGGCCCCAUGUUACCUCUCUCUGGACUAUCGGGACUGGGCCAGCUGGGCCUGGAGCUCCCCCUCCACCAGUCGCAGCAGCUCCCGGCCUCCCUCGACGGCCUCCCGCCGUUGGACAAGAGCACCGGCCUCCUGGACCCCUCGGGCCUCCAGGGGCCCAGCCUCCUAGAGAUCCUGCAGGGCCUCCUCCCUCCUCCUCCACACCCGCCUCCCCCCCACCACCACCACCACCACCACCACCACCACCACCCUGCUCCUCCUCCCAACUCCGCCGAGGGCUCCCUGCAGGCGCUGCAGGCACUCCUCCUCCCCUCCCCUCUCUCGCCCAACCCCGGGGCCUUCCUCUCCCUCAGCCCCGCCCUGCUGGCCGCCGCGCUGGCCGGCUCCGCCGAGCUCCACCCGCCUCCCCUCACCCAGCUAGCCCCCACUGCACAGCAAACCCAACACACCCCACCUCAGGUGACCUCUGACCCUGCCGGCGACACCCUGAUCCCGCUGCCUCUUCAGGGCAAGGACAACCACCUCCUCCAGCAGCUGCUGCCCUCGCUGCUCAACCCGGCCGUGCUCGGUGAUCUUUCGGGCCUCGCUGGCUUUCACAACAUGGUGGGUCUGGGGCACGGGGCUCUGCUCCUGCCCCCAGUUCAAGCCUCUGCUCUGGGCAUGCCUCUGCUGCAGGGCCCUGACGGAGCCAUCAACCUGCUCAACAACAUACAGCUCAACAUCGCACCGCCCACAGAGGAAGACAAGCCAAUGUCGUUGGGAGGAACACAAAGCCCCGCCCCCCACGAAGAAAUGCCGGCCAAUCAGCUCGCUCCCCUGGCGGUCCCCAGCCCGACCCGCUCCCCGGCCCCAGACCUGCCAGCCUGCCCCCCCGCCCCCCCCCAGCAGCGAGGGGGCCCGGAGGGCGGCUCGGCCCGGGGGGUCGGGGCGGGCGGAGGCGGCGGGGGCCUGAUCGACCCGUACACCUCCUUCAUGGACACCAUCUACACCUCCUUCCUGCAGGUCAGCGCAAAAGAGCAGGAGGAGGGCGCCCAGUCGGGGCCCGCGGACCCCACCUCGCCCUUCUGUGCCUUACCCCCCGUCUCCUUCCCCUCGGCGCUGGGGGAGGAGGCCUCCGCCCACCCCCCCCCCGCGCCGCUGUCCCAGGCCGGCGCCCCGGCCUCGCUCAGCCCCCGGCGGGCCUGCUCCCUCCGCCACCCCGACCUGUCCCGCCUCAGCCUGGAGGCGGCCGCCGCCGCCCACUCGCCGGCCCAGGGCGCGCCCAAGCCCAGCGAGGCGGGGGCCUCCUCGCCCACCUCCCAGAGGAAGACGGGGGCCCGCGUGGCCGAGGGGCAGACCCGCCAUGAGCCCCCGCUGCCCCCCAUCUACCUGGAGGAGGCCAAGACGGACUCCCGGCCCUACGGACACCCGGGGCCCGAGAGGCAGUGCGGGGUGACCCUGGGUCAGGCCGGGGGCUACCUGGGCCCCAGGGACGGGGCCGGCGGGCGGCCCAAGGAGGAGGGGGGCGUAGGGGCCAUGCUGCUGCACUCGGACCAGGGCAGGGAUCAGGUCGCCCCGACGGUAGGAGCCAGGAGAGGAAGGAAGAGGAAACAAACGCUACAGAAUGUUCUAGAAGACUUUAGAGACAUGGAAGCCCCAGGCCUAGAGGAGACCAGACCCACGGCGGUCCUGCUGAAGCCCGAGAGGUCGGUCCGGGGACGGCGGCGACGUGGAGCCAGGUCUCAGAGGCAGUGAUUGGUGGGAGAGGAAGAGGUCACUCCAGUGCUGUGGACCAAUCAGGAUGGUCCGACGCCCUCCCCCCCUCGGCUACACUCCCCGCCUCACCCUUCCUCUCCCUUUUCUAUCACCGUCUACUGUCUAAAGAAAUGUUCUCUAAUUUUUUUACAACUGCACUAAUACUAUACCUUUGUCAUGUCAGAUAUUAAGGAAAACACUAUUGGAAACAUAGGAGAGCUCUAGAUUGAGACACACAGAAGGAUCCAGAGGGGAUUUAGCUCACUUAGUUUCUCUCCUGGAUCUCGGAAAGAGAAAAAAUAAUGGUUGGCUGGUUUGGUCAGGGAUCGGCCAAUGAACGGCUGUGGAGUCAUGUUGACAAGAUAAGAUAAGAAAAGAAAAAAAGCAAAUGAACAUGUACUGUUUCCUCUCAUUGUGUUUACUGUGAGUCAGGAUGAGCCCAUCUACUUGAAUGAUACGUUUGCUCUCCAUUGAAAGUGAGUGAGUAUAAAUGAAUAUCAGUUUGUGUGUUUGUGUGUGUAUGUGUUCUGUAUGAGUAUGGCGUCCAUCUUGGCAGUGUGCUGGACAACAGUGCUGUUUCUGAGCCCUCUCUAGUCCGGCCCUCUGUGUAGCGUUACGGUUUGGUUGAAUUCACGGUUACUCUACAAAGUGCAACCUCGAUCCAAGGUAAAAAAAAAGAAAAUAAAAAGUCACUGGUUUUACUUCAAAAGUCUUUCCUAUGGUUUGGAAAAAUGUCAGGAAAAAAUGUCAAAAGGGAACAACCAUCUUUUAUUUAAAACAAUUUUAAAACCUUAAAACAUUGUUAUCUUUAUGUAUACAUAUAUAACUAUAUGUAUACAUAUAUUUUUCGUCAGGCUUGUGGAAAUAAUUUUGAAUGUGAACCACCAGUGAAAACCCGUUUAUUUCUCUCUGAAACCGGUUUGAAUUUAACCGGUAUUCACAUUCCAAGAAAAAAACAAUCAUGUCUUUUCUUUUUUUUUUAUCAUGCUUUCACUGUCUCCUUUGUGGUUAUUUAUUUGUAUGUCUGUUACAAAGUCGCUGUGCAAUGUGGGGUGCAAUGUUCAUGAGGUUUUUUGUUCUUCAUACUACAAGACCUACCGUAGGACAUGAGAAAAACAGCAAACGCUAAACUUGAAGUCUUCAAAAUUGCGUGGGUAGACGCGCCCACAUUUCGAGGCACUUCUGAAUAGUAUAAGUAGCCUGUAAUAACCAUUCAAUACGUUUCAAAACUCCCACAAUUAUUUUAGAUUUAUAUGGCUACAAAUUUUGGUUAUUUUUGUAUUUAAAAGAAAAUGAAAAAUAUUAAAAAAGAUACAAAAAUGUCCAGCUACA